CUGCGCGCUCAUCCUCUUCGUGUGUGCAUUCUCGCGUCAUCUUCUGUUUUCCGUUUAAUAAUCAGUAGCCCCUUUCCAGCACGCGUUGUUUCGUAAACAUACAGAUAUCGUGGAAAGAAUCCGUUAACUUUUCUUAAUCGUAAUAUUCGAAGUGCCGUUAUACGAUUAAUUGAGUUUCACGCGAACUGUCAAAGAAUUUAAUUCGCCAGAAGAAGUCGUGCUGUAUCAGCCGAGAUCCGUACCUAUUCUCAUCCGGUCGUGUACACUAUAGUAAAACGAGGUGCUGUCACGUGCUCUUGCACCCGUGAAAUCGGCACCGAUUUACGAUACUUCGUGGACCAUGAGUCGUGUUAGAAGACUUUAACGUUGUUUACAGCAUAACGUAACUCGUGUUUACGGCUACUCGGUACGUACAACCGGUUAAGCACGUGGUGGACAGGAUGCUCCUAAAAUUGGCAGUGUUGCUGUUCGUUUUCGUGCGGCCAGGUGCAAGUUAUUUCAACCUUUUUCUCAGCCAAGCAGAAGUGCGGAAACUAAUGGGUCUGCAGGCGGAAUUGUUUUACGUAAGAGAAGGCGUUAUAAACGAGUACGCGAUUAAAUUCGUCGUCCCGGUGCCAGCCCAGGUUCACAAGCUGCAUUUCACUUGGGAGAAUCUCGCCGGCAGGCCGUUGCCGUACACGAUGUCGGUGGACAUCAGCAACCCGUCAGCGUUGACGAGCUCCCUAAAUAUAUCCCAGGCCGGUGAAAUCCCGGUCGGUGGGCUGCAGACGUGGGCCCUGGCCCUCCAUUGCGGCCCGUACGACGCCGAGGUGGACCUCAGCCUUCGGAUAAACGUCUCCCUGUCGAGGAGGAACACGACCAGCCUCGACUUCAGGCGGAAGAAAAUAUGUCUCAAGGAUAAGAGCAACGCUGCGGGGCCGGAGGAGGUCCUCGUGGCCGCUUCUGGCUCCUCUCCCGGCGGCCAAGUGUUCUACGCGGCGAUAGGCUGCGCAUGCGCGUUCAUCGCCGCCAUUUUCGUCCUCGUUAUCGCAUAUUACGUCCGCGACAAGAAGACGAGAAGGCACCGUGAUCCUCUCCAAGAGUCGAGGGGUUUGAGCUCCGCGUGCAGCGUGGAAAGGGGCACGGGAGUCGGGCCCGCGCAAACCUUCUUGUCACCAGAAACACCCCCGCCUGCCUCAGCCACGUCCACCUCGACUUACAGAAGAUUGGACGAUCGACCGAGCCGAGAAUUGCACGAGAGGAUUCAAGAGAUCACCGUCCAAAGAUGCAGGGUACGCCUUCUCAGCAUCGAGAUGGAGGGAACAUUCGGUCGCGUGUACAGAGGCAGUUAUCACGAGGAGGGCGCGUCCUCACCUAGGGAUGUCCUGGUGAAAACUGCCGCCGAGCAUGCAUCGCAGUCCCAAGUCGCCCUUCUGCUACGAGAGGGUUUAGCCCUGUACGGUUUGAGCCAUCCAGCCCUGCUCCCAGUUUUGGGCGUCUCGAUCGAGGAUAGAAGCGCUCCUUUUCUCUUGUACCCGCACACCGGUUACAAGAACAUGAAGAGGUUCUUGGUGAGGUGCAAGCUGAGCAGCGAAGGGCCACCGAGAGCACUCACCACGCAAGAAGUCGUGGAAAUGGCACUUCAAGCUGCCAAAGGGGUCCAGUAUCUUCACAGAAAGAGGCUGGUGCACAGAGACUUGGCCGCAAGGAAUUGCGUCGUUGACGACGAUCUGAGAGUUCAAAUCACGGACAACGCCCUGGCCAGGGACCUGUUCCCUCAAGAUUACCAUUGCCUGGGGGACAACGAGAAUCGUCCCAUCAAGUGGCUGGCCAUCGAAAGUUUGCUCAACAAGACGUUCAGCACCGCCUCCGACGUGUGGGCGUUCGGUGUAUUGUUAUGGGAGUUGACCACGUUGGCGCAGCAACCGUACGUGGAGGUGGACGCGUUCGAGAUGGCUUCCUACCUCAGAGACGGGUACAGAUUGGCGCAACCGAUAAAUUGCCCCGACGAGCUGUUCGCCGUUAUGGCUUAUUGUUGGGCGAUGUCGGCCGACGAGAGGCCCACGUUUAGCCAGUUGAUCGUCUGCCUUCAAGAUUUCCACACUCAAUUGACCAGAUACGUUUAAAAUACGUUCUAUUCGAGGAAAAUACGAUACGAAUUUUGAGAAUUUCGAUAGAAUAUAUACGUGUAUAUAAAUAUAUAUAAUAGUGUCUAGUACUUAAAGGAUUGAUUUUCGAAGAGGAUUUUCAAAGAGGAUCGAAAUAUAUAGAUAUUCGCGACGAAA